AUUACUUUGGGCCACCUAGUCGCCGUGUGCUGCACGUAUCGCGGUACCGGCGGCAACGUACACAAACGGCCUCUGGCUCCAACUAUCCCGAUUGCAAGGCUUUACUAGAUUAAACCCGGUGAUCAUUGCUUGCUAUGUCAAAUAUGUCUAAUACGCUUUUAAAAGCGCGCAGCAGCGCGGCUGCCAGAGUCCAGACUCCUGCCUUACCCUUGGUUUCUGCCACCAGCUCAAGCGUUGUGCACACCUCAUCGAGCAGGACAACAUGCAAACGUAUUCGCCACAUUCUGCACCGCCGGUCCUUGUCGCUUCUUCCCAGCGACGUUACAGUCGUCUGUGGUGCGCAACCUACAUCGUCGGUCGCAGCAGCAUCAGGACUAGGCCUUUUUCCCUCCGGCGCUCAGCAAACGCGUGUGCAGCUCCCGGCGGUGGUGCUGCAAGUUGAGGCGUCGCAGGUCCUAUCGGACCCAGCGAUGACUGUUGUCAUUAACCAAGCGCUGCAAGGCGGUUGCAACAUGCUUGUCCUCUGGGACAGCCAAUCGAACGCAGCAGCGAUGUAUGACGCAGCGCUUCGCAUCCAGGACCUCUUGCGCGGCCGAGCAGCGCUAUUGCUAGUCGACCGUACGGACAUUGCGCUGGCCAUCGGUGCACAGGGCGUGCUCCUUACGGAUCAAGGAGUGCCGACUGUGGUUGCUCGGCGCAUGCUGUCCGGAUCUGGGUCAGCCCCCGGAUCCGGGCCGGGGGCAUCCGGGUCGGGUUUCGGAGCUCUUGUCGGGCGAGUGGUGGCGGAUGAGGCUGCAGCGGUUACAGCGGCCGCAGACGGCGCCAGCUUGCUGCUCGUCACGGGCCCUGGCGGCUCCGCCCCCAGCGCCGCCGUACUAACCACCGCCAAAAGCGGACAGCGCAGCGGCAACGCCAUCCCCGUCAUCAUGUCCGUACGGGUGCCUAGCAGCAGCAGCAGCACCACCAUUUCCACGGACAACGGCAGUGAAGGCGAUGUUGCCGGCAGUAGCGGCGACAGCAGCAGCAGGGGUUUGGUGGCGUUGUCAUCUUCCUCGUCUGAGGCUGCAGCGCUGCAGGCUGACAUGGAUGGCGUGGCGGUGAGCCCGGAGGCGCUGCCGGUGUUGGCGCGGGCGUGCUUCGACCUGCCGGAGACCUCCGGUGUGACUGACUUCACCACCGCCAUCCUCACCCGCCUCAACGUCAAGGCUGCCACCUCGGGCGCACCCAAGCGGCCCCUGCCACCACCCCACACCACCACCACCACCAAUACCACCAGCAGCAGCACAUCAACACCGCCAUCCUCACCCUCUGCCUCCUCAGCCACACAGCAGCCGCAGCAGCAGCCGCAGCCCCGCAUGCCAGCACCAGCACCAGCAGCCCCCCUGCCCUCCUCGCCGCCCGCCGUCACACACCCCCGCCACACCCCCACUCAUCCGCCUGCCGCCCAGCCCCAGUCGCUGCCGCUGCGGCGGCUGCUGGACCCGGCGCAGGAGUCGCUGCUGGCGGCGGAGAAGGAGGUGCUGGCGGGCGUGAUGGAGUUUCUGGAGCAGACCCUCCCUGGCGUCAGUGAGUUGUCACUGCUGCGAGAUGCGCUCAAGUCCCUGGACGAGCCCUUCCUGGUUGCGGUGGUGGGCGAGUUCAACAGCGGCAAGAGCUCCGUCAUCAAUGCACUGCUGGGCAGGCGCUACCUGGCUGAGGGCAUCCUGCCCACCACCAACGAGAUCUCCAUCCUCAAGUACGCGCCGCCCCCGGGGACCGCACCCCCCGCUGCUGCUGCUGCUGCCACCUCCACCUCCACCUCUUCUCCCGCCUCCACCUCCUCUCCCUCCUCCUCGCUGGGUCCCCGGCUGGAGCAGCAGGCGGACGGACUGUACGUGCGCUACCUGCCCGCCAAGCUGCUGCAGGACCUGCACAUCGUGGACACCCCCGGCACCAACGUCAUCCUGGAGCGCCAGCAGCGGCUCACGGAGGAGUACGUGCCGCGAGCCGACCUGGUGCUGUUUGUAAUGAGUGCGGACAGGCCCUUCAGCGAGAGCGAGGUUCGCUUCCUGGAGUACAUCCGGCAGUGGCGCAAGCGCGUGUUAUUCGUGGUCAACAAGGUGGACCUGCUGGGCGGGCGGCCCGAGGUGACCGCGGUGUGCGGCUUCGUGGCGGAUAACGCGCGGCGGCUGCUGCAGCUGGACAGGCCGGAUGUGGUGGCGGUCAGCUCCCGCCUCGCCCUGCGCGCCAAGCUGCAAGCCGCCGGCCUGCCCACCACCGCCCCCGCCGUCUCCUCCCCCGCCUCCACCUCCCCCGUCUCUGACUACACCCUCGACUACUACACCUCCCUCUCCGCCUCCACAGACGCCUCCGAUUCCCCCUCCACCUCCUCCUCUCACUCAUCCAACAACAGGAGCACCCGCAGCAGCAGCCCUAGCAGCAGCAACGGCAGCAGCUUCCUGCCCUCCUCCUCCUCCUCCUCCUCCCCCCUCUCCCUCCCCGCCCAGCCGCACGACUCGCUGGCCAGUGCGGACGCGGAGGAGGCGGAUGUGGCGCUGCGAGCUAGUCCGGUGUGGUUUGAGAGCGGUUUCGGAGAGCUGGAGAGGCAGGUGGCCAACUACCUGGUCGGAAAGGGAGGGGCCAGCAGCAGCAGCACAGGUGGCGAGGGUGUGC